CUGGAGACAAACAGACUGGAAAGACGAUCCAACAGGAGGAAACCAGUGAGACUAAACCAGCAUCCAAACCAACAACAUGAAGAGCUGUCUGCUUCUCAUCUUCUCAGUGAUGACAGGUAUUAAAGCCUCAGCUGAGGAGAAAGUAUGUGCACAAGGAUGGAUUCAAUUCACCUGCAAAUAUCCUCAAGAAAAUAAAAAUGAUCAGAGGGUCAAAACAUCAAUUCAAACAAAAAGACAAACCUGUAAAACCGAUGCAUGGUUAAAUAUCGACAGAUUUUCACACUGCCUUGACCGUCUAAAUAAAGGCCUGAGGGUGGCCGUCAAACUUAUUAAACGUUCUGACGAUGGGGACUACAGCUGUACGUUUCUCUUACCAUCCAACGGUAAACAUAGAAAGGAAAUAGAGAUUGAUGAUGAUAUAGAGAAAUACCCAGGACUGGUUAUUUACACUGUGCCCAAAGCAGCUAAAAUCACCAUCACAUGUGACUCUGAAAGACAGAAGCCCAAAGACAUCAGCUGUAUCUCUGAGGAUAGUCUAUCAAGCGAAUCUUCUGAAAACCCAAAUGGGAGAUUCACCCUCACACCCACGGCUGGUGGCUUCAACGUGUCCAUCAGGAAUGUGUACUUACAGGAUGCUGGUUCCUACUGGGGUGGAAUUGAGUCAGCUGACAGAACUUGCAGAGUUUCACUCACAAAAGUACAGCUGGACGUUAAAAGUGAGUAGUUCACAUCCGUCGUUAAGGCAUGACUAAAAAUAAGAUCUGAAGAUCCGCAGAUCUGAAGCAUCCAGCUCUGGGACCAGGGACACUCGGAGAAAUAGCACAGGGGGAAACAGAGUGAAUGUACUGCAAUAACGGUAUACAUAUUAAAUGUAAAGGUAGAUAGAGAAGGGCUCAGUGCGUCAAGAAAAGUCCCCCAGCAGCCUAUAGGCCUAUAUCAGCAUGACUAGGGGCAGAACGAAGGGACGUCCAAGAGGGAGUCAGCUGUGCAAAUGAAGACACAAGCCGAACCCCUGUGGGUCACCCAGUCAGCCUUAACUAUAAGAUUUGUCAAAAAGGAACGUUUUAUGCCUGGUCUUAAAAAUAGAGAGGGUAUCUGCCUCCCGAACCCAAACUGGGAGCAGGUUCCACAGGAGAGGAGCUGAUAACUGAAGGCUCUGCCUUCCAUUCUACUUUUAGAAAUUCUAGGAACAACAAGUAAGCCUGCAGCUUGAGAGCGAAGAGUUCUACUAGGAUAAUAAGGUACUAUCAGAUCUUUAAGAUAUGAUAGAGAUUGGUUAUUAAGAGCUUUAUAUGUCAGAAGAAGGAUUUUAAAUUCUAUUCUGGAUUUAACAGGAAGCCAGUGAAGAGAAGCAAGUAUAGGGGAAAUAUGAUCUCUUUUGCUAACUCCUGUCAGUACUCUCGCAGCAGUGUUUUGGAUCAACUGUAGAUGUUUAAGAGCUAUUUGGACAACCCGAUAAUAAGGAAUUGCAAUAGUCAAGCCUGGAAGUAACAAAAGCAUGAACAAAUUUUUCUGCAGCACUCUGAGACAGAAUGUUCCUGAUUUUUACAAUAUUACGCAGGUGAAAAAAGGAAGUCCUACAGACUUGCUUUAUGUGUGAGUUAAAGGACAUGUCCUGGUCAAAAAUAACUCCAAGAUUCCUCACAGUAGUACUGGAGGCCAACGUGAUGCCAUCCAGAGUAACUAUUUGCUUUGAAAGUGAGUUUCUAAUGACUUCAGUUUUGUCUGAAUUUAGCAGUAGGAAGUUAAAAGUCAUCCAGGUUUUAAUGUCCUUAAGACAACCUUGCAUUCUAGCUAACUGAUCAGUUUCAUCUGGCUUCAUAGAUAAAUACAAUUGUGUGUCAUCUACAUAACAAUGGAAGUUAAUACAGUGCUUCCUAAUAAUAUUGCCUAAAGGAAGCAUGUAUAAUGUGAAAAGUAUCGGUCCUAAGACAGAACCCUGAGGAACUCCAUGAUUAACUUUAGUAUGCUCAGAAGAGUUAUUGUUGACAUGCACAAACUGGAACCUAUCUGAUAAGUAGGAUUUAAACCAGUCCAGUGCUGUCCCUUUAAUGCCAAUUGAAUGUUCUAGACGCUGUAAUAAAAUUUUGUGGUCGAUUGUGUCAAACGCUGCACUAAGAUCUAACAAAACAAGUAUAGAGACUAGUCCAUUAUCUGAUGCUAUGAGAAGGUCAUUAGUAACUUUCACCAGAGCUGUUUCUGUGCUAUGAUGCACUCUGAAGCCUGACUGAAACACUUCAAACAAAUUAUUCCUUUGUAAGUGUUCUCAUAAUUGAUUUGCAACUGUUCUUUCCAGAAUUUUAGAGAGAAAUGGUAGGUUGGAUAUUGGUCUAUAGUUAGCUAACACAUCUGGAUCUAAAGUGGGCUUUUUAAGCAAAGGUUUGAUGACAGCAACCUUAAAAGCCUGUGGUACAUAGCCUGUUACUUAGCGACUGUCUCGCUAAAUCUAGCGACUUCCAAAGCAUCCUAGCGACUUUUUUUGUCAAAAGCGACUGGCGACUAAUCUAGCGACUUUUUCUGCCGUUUUGGAGACUCUGACAGGAAAACUCGGAUCAUUGUGCAGUUACUGUCCUCAACGAGCAGCAGGUGCAGCUGUGAGCUCCUCCCUGUCCCAAAGCACAGGCUGUCAGUCCAGUAACCCCGAAGCAGUCCCAGUGUCUGAUCACUCCGUGGCGCGGAUGCGCAAAGUCACUACAGAUCCCAUCCAGCCUUACGGAGCGGGAUAUAAAUGAAAAUGUUUCUUCACUGUCAUACGAAAAUAAACCACAGCAUUUAGCCUCGAGUUCAAAAAUAUAUUUUGAGUGUUUUAUACUCACUUUAUGGUCUCUUCCACAACCUUAUUCCUCUCUCCUACAACAUUGAUUACAAUUACAUGCAAACUGGAUCAUGUCCUGAAACGGGUGGUGUGAACCCAUGCAGCAGGCGACAGACAGGCAGGAUGAAUAAAUAAAGAUUUAUUAAACAAAAUAUUAAGCAAGGAAGCACUCCAUAAGGGAGGCACAGGGGAAUUAACAGGAAGGGAAAAACGAAACUAAACUAAACCAAGGGCGAUGGUACAGGACCGUGAUGGAGGGAUAACUAAACUAAAAAUGGGGAGAGGAACUCACGAAUGUCCAGGGGGGUCAGGAGACUGGGCGAAGGCAGAGCAGAUGAUCUAGAGGCGAGGAUGUGGUGCGGAUGACGGGGCAGACUGACUGGGAACUGAUGCCGGAGGUUUCUGAGCAGAGGUGGGGGGACGAUCAGACGAAGAAUCCAUAAAUCCAGUGAGCGGGGCGCUCACGGCAGAGAGCAGUGUGUAGCGUGCAGGGUGUGGAGUGUACGAGGGAUUCCGGGGUGAAGAGUGAGGACGGAGCCGAGGAGGUAACUCACAGUGAACAGAGUCCAGAUGACGGCGUGCAUGUGACGGGGUGCAGCAUGUAGAGAGGUGGCAGUCGAGGUGAUCCAAUAAUCCAGAGAGCUGUGUGCUCACGGCGGGGUACGGCGUGUAACAGGCAUGAACAGGAUACAGGAGUUAUGUGGCAAUGACGCAGCAGGGAAAUGAGGCAAGCGCCAGGCUUUAUACUGAGCUGAUUGUUCUGAUUGUUCAUCGUGCUCAGCUGUACUUCUCCCCAGCUUGCUCCUAAUUAGCUGAGUCAGCGCACUGGCACAGGAGGGGUGUGACAGUUCAAUAAUAGAGACAGUUCUGGACGGAGUUUGUAUUUUUAACCACGCCUGAUGAACGUCAGCGGGGUUAUUACAUUCGGUGCGGUAUCUGGCUGGGUAAGUAUGUAUGUAUGUAUGUAUGUAUGUAUGUAUGUAAGUAUGUAUGUAUGUAUGUGACUAUGUCCGGUCCGAUAUCUCUGCAACCGCUGAAGUCAGGAUAAUCAAACUUGGCACUGAAGAUCAGUCUAAGGUCCCCUGCUCAGUUGUGGAGUUACAGGUCAGCAGAUCAAGUAGGGAGGGAGAUACGUACAUGAUCCAAAUUGAUACAUAUUGCAUCAGUUGUAUAGGGAGGACAGGGUUUUCGCCAGCAGAGGGCGUGGUUCUGCCCUGUACUGAGGGCUCAUCUAGUUAAACAAGUGGUGGGAUGUGACUUUAAAAAAAAUCAUCUAAUUACUCAGGGGCUUUUCAAUUAAUUUAUUGCAAUUCAUCGCAUUUUUGUGAAAUAGCAUAUUUGACACAAGCAAAGUUUUUCAAUUCAAAUAACUGUUGGUUGAGGACUGAAUGGAUGAAUAGACAUAUAUUAACUUAAACAAAAAUGUUUAUUUCUACUUAUCUGCAUUUUUCCUCUGUCUGCUACAUUCACAGAUUACUGCAAACUCAAAAUGUAAUUACAGCGAUUAUAUUCAAUAUUUUACAACUUUUUGUAAACUCAAGGACUUUCAGUGUCUUCUAAAGUGGUCUAUUAUGGGAUAGCUACUCCGUUAGCCGGUACCAGGACUGCUGUAGCUAAUGUUAGCUCUGGUGCUAACAGCAACAUGUUUUGCAUUGAGGUGAUCAGAAAACUCUUUGUUGCACAAUUUACAAACAACCACGCUUUUAUCCAAGCUGACAUCGGGAACAUUUUUAAAGAAAAUUUUCCUCCCAACAAGCUCAAUGCGUCUCGUCUUCCAGCACUGUUCACCAAACUUUCUUGUGCGCUGAUUCACUCAGUGCCUCUUGUGCUUCUUCUUCAUGGCUGGAAAACAGACUUUGUUCCUUAGCGCCACCUACUGGGCUAGAGUGUUCAUCGGUGUUACCGGUGUGCCAGAAAUUAGGGAAUUGAGUAAGGUGUGAGUAAAUACAUAGUUUUUUUUAACACGUUAUUUUUUCUGUAAUUAAUUGAAAUGAACGUUAAAGUCCCAGCCCUAGUUUAAACACACACAGCUGGCUGUUAUUCAUUCUUAUCUUUGUGACUUUGUCUUACAGGUGGCUCUUGGUUAACUGCAGUCACAGCUGCGACCGUUUGUGUAGCUGUGCUCGUUCUGGUGGUUAUUUUGAUUUUUGUCUACAAGCGAUUUGAGUGUUCAAAUAACAGCACAGAUGGAGAAGCACCAAACAAAGAGGCUGUCUAUGAGGAGAUACAAGAAUCCUCCCUGAAGUCAGGUCCAGGAACUUCACUGAAAACGGUUUACAUCACUGCCACCUUUCCCACAAACCCCGCUGCCUUCAUGGAUUACUCCACAGUCAACUUUCAGAAUCGGCCUGGUGAAGUUACUGGUGAAGUAUAUUCUACAGUGAUGGACAGCAGCCAGCAUCCCUCCUACUCCACAGUUAACCACCCAUCCACAGUUUCCAAGGACUGUUUCCACUCUACAGUCAAAGAGCAGUGAAGGAAGCCAGUCCAUUCAUUUUUACUGUACAGUCUUAUUGCUUUUUUUGCUAAUUCUAAACCACCGCAAAUAUAGAACUUAAACAGAUUUGCUGAUUGUUCAUAAUCAAGUAAACCAGUAGCUGAUAUUUAAAACAAAUGUACAUUUGCAGAAAAAAAUAAAACUAGGGAUAUCUAGUUCCUGAUGAGGGCUGAUCACAGAAAUGAUUAACUAAGAGGUAUUGGCAUAAACUCACCCACUUCACUGUCCUGAAGUUAGCGAGCCUCAAGUCUCUGUCACAGUGGUCCUGAACUCGCCAGACUCCCACAAUGCUCUCUGCUUGUAAACACCUCCUCUGGUCAGUACAGUAAUAAACUAGAAAAGCACUGAGAGAGCAAAGAACUCCACCAAGGCUGAUCAUUCCUCCAUAUGGCAUUGUCAGAAAUGCAGCAUUUGUUUAUUAGUUGUUGAUGAUCAGAAAUGACGACAGCAUAGAAUGUGUCCAUUGAAUAUAGAUGUAUCUACAAACAAAAUGACCUUGUACUGAGCACAGGCGUUUGUUCUGCAUGUGUACGUUAUGUACUUAUACCGAAUCACGUGGCCUAAAUAUGUAGCAGGUGGCAGGAACUGAUGGGACUCAGAAACACCCCCACAAUUUAAUCAGUUGUUCCUUGGAUCAUUUCUGAUGGAUAAGUCCUGAUAAGUCCUCAGUGGUGGAUUUGUAGUAGGAUCACAAUCAGUUGAUGUAGUGUUCACUUGUUGUCAUGGUUACAGUGAUGCCAUGCCGCUAUCUGGCAAUGAUACAGAAAUCUUUAACAAAUCCAUCUAUCCAGACUAUAAGCUGCAUCACUGAGAACUUUAAUGUUCAUCUGCUGCUAGCUGUGAUAUGGAACCAGUCAGAUGGUGCUGAGGGCAGGACGUUGUUUAAGACCACAGACAGAGAGACAGCUACAUCAGAACCAAAGCCAUUUUACAUUUAUUUAUUUUUAUCAGCACUCAUUUAGAACAUUUCAAGGAUGAUGAUCCCUCAGGGUGUCCAAAACAAGGCUGAAGCUCAGAGGGGAUCGAACAAUUUCUGUUGCAGCUCAAAAACUUUGGAAUGAGCUGCUGCUGCUCAUCAGACAGGUCCCUUCACUGUCUAAUUUUUAAACCUUUCUUAAAACCCACCUCUUUGGCUUUUCACGUCAUGUGGCUUUGUGCAUGUAUAUUAUAUCUGGGAUGGACAGUCCGGUCUGUUUAGUCUAUUUAUUGUUUAUGUUUUAUUGUGUAUUUUUGCUUUCAGUUCUAAUAUUUUUUCUCGUUCUAUUGUUUCUAUCUCAGUUGUAUUAUUAUUAUCUUUUGAUCAUGUUUUUGCUCUUCUGUACAGCACCUUGUUCAUCUCUGGUUCUUUAAAAGUGCUUUAUAAAUUGAUUUGAUUUGAUUUGAUCCCAGACAUGCUGAAUAUUUAAUCCAACAAUCCGUUGGGGCAACAAUCACUUCACCUCCACUUGAUACUGUCAAAGAAAUUCACUAGAAAAGCACUCGGAGAGUGCAGACCAAUUGAGAGAUGGCCUCAAUUGUACAGAGUCCUUCAAAAAAAUCCUGGAUCCAGACGGUUAUCCGGAUCACCUCCAAAAUCUAAUCGAUUGUUACUUUUGCUCUUCUGGACAUUCUGUAAAAAUUUGGUGAAAAUCGGUCCAUGACUUUUUGAGUUAUGCUGUUAACAGACAGACAGACAAACAAACUCUGAUUAUUACAUAACCUCCUGGCGGAGGUAAUUAUUUCAACCAGUAAUUUCUUUCAGCAAAUUUGGUGCUUUUGGUUGACUUUUGCCUUUGCUGCCUCUGUACCAUUGUGAUAAGGGGCUCAGGGGGCCGAGGAGAUCUCAGAGAAGUGUAAGAUAUGGCAUGAAUACUCUGAAUGAAUAGGUUGGAUGACUUAUUGAUCUGAAUUAAUGCAUCAUGAAUUAUUCUGUGAGCAGAAAUACAUUUUAUCUGCAGAAAUAAUAAACCUACCAAUUCCUCUGCAGUCCUUUAAUGCUGUUGAAUGCUACAGAUGUAUUUAUCUCUGCUAAAGGGACAACCACAUUCAUUACCUCAUGGAGCUGUACUGUUCAUUUUGCAUUAGUGUCUUUUCAGCUUAGAUGUCAUGAUAUUAGAAUUCAUUGAGAGGCAGUAUUUGACUGCAGUAGCUGAAUGAGAUGGAAGUAAUUUCACCUAAAUGUAAUCUAAAAGUGUAUUACAAUUUAUGAGUUCAUCAUUUCUUUGGUAUGUAAAAUCUUCACUUUUCCACAAAGCUGUAAAUAAAGUUGACAAACUGUUCAUUUUAUUUUUAAAUUGCUUUGAAACAGAACCAUAAAGUUCAAAUUAGGAAUAUUAAAUUGCAGCAUAAGAUACCACUACGACAUUGAGUGCCACUGUAAGAAAGACAGAAGGGAGAAGGAAGGAAGGCGGGGGAUUUGUAGGUGAUCGAAAAUAUCACCUCAGGAAACACAUUUGUGUGCAGACUGGAGCUUAGCCAUACAGUGAAAGGAGGAACUGACUUUACCCACUGAAGAAAACUCUCCUCAUAGAUUUCAAAUUCCAGCAUCCAAGACCAAGAAAAUGAAGAGAUUUGUCCUUCUCAUCCUCUCACUGAUGACAGGUUGGGAGGUCAGGUCAAAGGAAUGCAAUGAGGGAUCGUUUAAAUUCACAUGCGCAUAUCCUAAAACCAGCGGAAAAUAUCAGAUGACCCCAGCCGUUCAUCACCGUGACAAACAGCCAAAGACAACUCUUACGGUGAUCAUCAAGCAACAUGCAGACUUAUGGAAACACCAAUGUAACCUGCAGUCUAAUUCAUUGUCUGAAACAGUGGAGCUGAAAUUUAAAGUUGAUCAUAAAUGUCCAAAACGCAUAAAGUACAAUGUGUACAGUGGAGCUAAAACCACCAUCACAUGUGAUCACUCAGGAAAUAAAAACAAGUCAAAGUUUUUCUGCAAAGACAUCAAUUCCACCUGUGAAGAUAUUUUAUCCGGAAACUCUUCUCUGACGUCAGGCGGAAGAUUCACAAUCUCAGAGACAGCUCAUGGCCUCAAUGUGUCCAUCAGGAAUGUGUCCUCACAGGAUGGAGGUUUCUACUGGUGUGGAGUGAAUUCAAGUCACAACGAGAAAGUACAGAAAGUGUCACUCACAAAAAUAGAAGUGAAGAUUAAAACUCUUACAUUCUUCACACGACACCCAAGUACAGGAGAGAACUUCACGUACUGGUGUAGCUACAAGGACAUUGGUUUUGAUGUGUUCUAUGCAAAAUUCAUCUGUAAGGGAGAAGAUCCAUCUGAGUGUAAGGUUGUAGCAACAACCAAAGAGCCUCAUCUGAACCCAAGGUUUUCCAUGUUCGAUGACAAAGCAGAGAACAAUAUCACCAUAAACAUAACAGAAGUAACAACAAAUGACACUGGGACUUACUGGUGUGGAGUACAAAAAUUUGACCCAGAAGACAAAGUGCAGUUCGUCCAGAAAUUCUUCAUGAACGUGUCAUCAGGAGCGUCCACAUCUCCUGUCCCUGCAACUGUAUCUCCUCAGAAUCUUGAUGGAUUUCAGUUCAUCUGUGCUGUGAUCUCCUUUGUAGCUGUGCUGCUGCUGAUGCUGCUGCUGUUUGUAGCACUUCUGAUCUUUAUCUACAAGCGAUCAUCAGUUCCAAAACACAACACAAAUGCAGCAGCAGAGAGGCAUCCCAAAGAGAAUAAUAUCUAUGAGGAGAUUCAGGAGCGGGUCCAGAUUCCAGACUCAGAAAAUGCAUUGAAUACAAUUUACGUCACUGCCAACCUUCCUGCAGACCCGACCCCCUCACUGCACUACUCCACCAUCCACUUUCAAAGCAGCCCUGACAGAGCUGGAAGAGAGGUGCUGAUCCCCAAACCGAGCUCAUCUGCCUGCCAAUACUCCACUGUUAAGUACAGCCGAAGUUCAACCGACUCGGCUGUGAGUCAACCAUCAGGACCUACAGGGGAACCGCUGUACUCAACUGUCAACAAACUGAGGAAACAGUGAGCAUAGACCAGCUCUGUAAGGCAUUUACAACAUUUACAAAAUGUAUGGUGAGAAAUUCAGGUGGGGAAAAAAUUUACAUACAAAAAUGUAUGUAUGUAUAUAUAUAUAUAUAUAUAUAUAUAUUAGGGGUGAAAUAAAAAAUGACGAAAUAAAAUUCAAAGAGGCAUGAAAUAAAAACACAAAAUAAAAACGCGAAGGAGCGCCAUGCACCACUGAGACUGAUGAUUUUUGACCCUCCUCGCCUACCGUAGCAAAACACUCGCUUCAAAACGGAGGAAGACGAGGUUGAGGAAUUAGCUGAUGCUCCUGGAGUACUAGUUCACAGUUCAGACAUUUAUAGGUCUAGACUGCAGCUCCUAGGACUGCUACUUGUUUUCCUUUUAAUUCAAGAAUGUAGUUAUCCUGAUUGUUACAACAACAAAGCACUUUUUAUUGAGAUUUUAUGUUUGUAUUUGCACUAUAGUCUAAAUAAGGGGGAAAAAAUGCAAUUUAGUUUUUUUUCAAAGAGCAUUUAUUUUGUACUGAUGCAUUAUUUUUUGUAUGUCUGCAUAAAGAAGAAAAUAAAGAAAAAGAGAUUUUUGCAUAGCAUCCUACUGUUGGGGAUUUUCUUUAAUCUUUAUUUCAUAUCGUGAGUAUUUCGUAUCGUGAGCCCUGUUUUGUAUUUCGUAUCGUUUCACGAGUUGACCAUUUCGUUACACCCCUAAUAUAUAUAUAUAUAUACAUAUAUACAUACAUAUAUAUAUAUAUAUAUAUAUACAAAGGAGUCUAAUUUUAGCAGCUGGGGAAAAGAGUUGUAAAAUCAAAAGCAAAAAUUGUGCGAAGUGACAGAUUUUUUUAUGUGUAUAGGAAUCAUUAAUAACAGACUUUGUGAUGGGACUUUGACCUGUACUGACUUGAUGAAUCUGUAAACUUUAUUUGCAAUUAAAGUUCAGUAUUAAAGCCUCGAUGAUGCUUCAGUAUCACCAGUUUUAGUGACAACUUCAGAAAGAACUAAAGGUUUAAAAGUGUAGUUGCUGUCAUUUGCUUUCGACUAUCUCUGUCUGAAAUAUUCCUUUGUCAAAUAUAAACGUGUCUGUCAUCACUCUCUCUUGAAUGUACAGUUGUUUUCUGCUGCUGUCUUCCUACUGAUGGAACAGCUUACAUGUACUUCCUGUGCAAACCACAGCUUUUUCUGAACAUUAAAUAGACUCAGCCACACAUACAAAACCAUCUGUUUUUCUAUGCCAGCUCUUUGUUGUUUGCACUCACACCCACACCUGCAAGUUUCCCCACAUUUAGGUUAUUUCCUCUAUUAGAGUUACGAUCUCAUCUACUCUCACAUUGAACUUUCAGUGGCUGUGUCUUUAAAGGUUGCAUAAGGUGAUAUUUGAUGCUGCAUUUCAUUUCUAUUAAAGGAAAAGUCUGUGAUAUUCCAGUAAACAUA